AUGGCAACAAGUGAUACUACCAUAGCAUUUUGGUACUUCAAAAAUGGACAUGUAUGGUCACAAGAAGAUACAUGUGAAUGGAUUAAAUAUCGAGAUAUUGAAAUGCAAAUUAUCGAAGAAGCUUAUCAACAAGGAAAAUCAGAAGUUCUUCUUGACAAAUAUAUUAUUAAUCUCAAACAGUUCAUUCAAUUCAAUCGACUUAAUCUCUCCAAACAACGUCCUGUAAAACGUCAACUAGGUUGUAAACAACAACAAUGUUUACGAGAAGAACGAUUCUUUUCUCCAUCUCUUCUCUCUUCAGCAUCAUCCUAUGGGAAUGCAUUAGCAUGGUGUCCCUUUCUUAUUGAAUGGUUGAAAUUACCAGAUGGUAAAAGAACUAUUCUUGAUUUUUCAUCUUGUAUUGAUAUUUGUAUAAAUGGAAUUAUUGAAGAAGCUAGAAAACAUCAAAGCAACAGUGAAACAGAAGCUAAGUGGAUAGCUGAACAGCUAAAAGCAUGCAAGGGACAACCACGUCGUGAAGUUUCAAAAGUUUGUAUUCAGUUAUAUACUCGUGAGAGUUUUCUUUAUCAUGUACUAAAUACUGCUUUACGUAAUAAUGAUUAUUCAAAACUGAAUACACUUGGACCACUUUGUUUUCUAAUGCGUGAUUAUUCACGUUCAUGUACUGAGUUUAUUGGAACAGUUUAUCGAGGAGUACAACUACCAUUUGCUACUAUCGAGUCUUAUAAACAAGCAAUAGGUUCUUGGCAUACGUGGUCUAGUUAUACAUCAACAAGUAAAGACAGAGAAAUGGCUGAAUUUCGAGGAAAUACAUUGUUUAUUAUCGAAAUAACUAAUAUUAAACUGAGUGCUCCACGUGCUUAUGAUGUAGCAAGCAUUUCACAUUUUCCUAGUGAAGAAGAAGUACUUUUACCAGCUGGAAUUUCUUUUCAAGUUAUUAGCGUCGAACAAGAUCUACAACAAAAAUAUAUAAUUCAUAUUAAACUUUGA